AACUCGAAUGGCUGUCCAUGCAGCGAAAAUGGAUUUGAUCUCAAGCAACCUUUUUCAUUUGAAGAUUUCCCUAAAUUCGACGAAACACAAGAGAUCCUCUUUCCUCCCAAUUUGAUUACAGAAAAGCCAGCAAGCGAUUUGUACCUGGAAGGCGCACGAGUAAAAUUGAUCGCGCCUGUAUCAUGGAAGGAAAUCGAUGACUGCUUCAGACGGAAUUACGAUCAAGUGACGAUUGUCUCAUCAGGGCAAAUAACCAGACUGGUGGCAGCACAGUCAUCCCAACCACACGUCAUGUGGCUGAGUGUUCAUAAUAUACCAACCGUGAAUGCUGUGGAAGUGAACGAUCAAGAAAUCCUGGUUGGUGCUGCCGUGAGUUACGCGGAGCUCAUCAAAGCGAUCAACGAAUUUUGUGACCGGUCGAUUGGACAACCGAUCAGGAGGGUCUAUAACAAAUUUGCUUCACUACAAGUCAUGAAUAUGGCGAGCUGGGCUGGUGGCCUAAUUACUGGAGCAGCCGAGAUUUCGUCAAUAUUCCAAGCACUAAACAUAAAAAUAAUAGUACGAGAACUGGGAGGUGCAUUCACAGUUGGUAACGUAUCGGAUUUCAUGAGCAAUCAAGGACGUGUGAAGCUUGGAAGAGGUUCCAUCAUCGUGGCUGCCACAUUCCCACGUUCGCAGAGUGAUCUGCGUGUGUUCGUCUACAAACAAGGACUACGUCCAGGUGCCGAUGCAACAGUUGUGAACUGCAUUUGCGCGUUUCGAGUCACAUAUUUCAUCGAAGAAGCUCGUGUUGCUAUAUCACUUGGCUCAGGAUCAAUAUUGAGCAAGAGAGUCAGUCAGUUUCUACGCGGAAAGUAA